AGCUACAGCAUGUAUCAUCCAAAUUGGCAGCUUUGGUAUCAGCCGCAGCCACUACCGCCAUUACCACCACUUCUCGCACAACCUCGCCCACCUCUACAGCCAUUAAUACCAGUAUUCCCGCCGCCGCAACCACCACAGCCGUUGCUAAUGCCAUCAGCGCCACCGCUGCCUCAGCGGCUUCCCUUGCCUCCUCGUCAACCUCCACUUUCGGCUCCACCAACUCCUCAAUCUGUCAUGGGGGACUAUAUCGUCACCAAAGUCACCCCGAUGCCGGUGCAUCUCCUUGGAGGGUGUAACCGCGAAGCGCAGCGGGCUUAUCUUUUGGCCGAUAUGCUCGAAGACCUCCGCCAAGCCGUUUCGGAAUCUCUGCAUACCCACAUGGCAGCCGUGGGUAUCGAGUUGCGCCAAACCUGCCGUCUUCUCCGUGAGCUGACUGAAAGGGCACACGUCCACGAGAGACGGGUCCCCGUGGUUCUCGACUACAUCCAGGUCCUACUCCCCUGCCUCAUGCGGACCCUGACAGACAUGUGGAAGUAUCUCGAGGACAGGACGAUGCCGAGGGAGACGCGCUGGCGCAAGAUGUACAAUGACUUGACCAAGGAAGGUGAUAUGCCGUUGCAUCAGCGCUUCUUGACGUAUAAUAACUUUCUGCACCUUUUAACCCAGAUGGUUGCAUGCUCGCCGCUUUUUGAUUUACAUGCCUUGGAUCGGUUUCAAGAGAAGAUCCUCAGCCUCCGAGUUAAAAUGGGUAUUAAUAAACCACCGGCUCGCAUCGGUCCUCCUCCUGAGCAGGCUCUCGUACAAAUCUCAGCUCGUGGACAGACGACGAAUCACUGGGCCACACAGGUGUACAAGCGGUCUCUUGCAUCACGCACUCCUCUAGAAGGGAUAAGGCGCGAAUCUGUCGUACACACCAGACCCGCUCACGCAAGCGACCUAUCUUUUCCUCCAGGUACCGAGCUCCUGUUUAGAAGGGUUUUUGACAACGGAAAUGUUUCCAUGUCCUUCUAUCUCAUACCGACCCACAUCCCCGCGAAGCCGGUCAAGAGAGCCCCCUAUAUUGUUGGCUGCCACUACCGGGACGGCUUCCCCAAAAGCUCGAGGCAGGGGGUUCAUGAGCUUUGCAUCAGGAAGUCCGGCGGUCGGGGUCUGGUGCUCACCGGAUGGGACGACAGGAAGAAUCGGCCGCAGCCAUGGGCGGCGCUUGCCUUCAACACAUGGGAAGAGAUGGUUUUGUUUUAUUGCUCUUUCCUUUCGUUGAAAGUCUCCAGCCCACUGAUGAUAGGACUCCAGCCUGAUGAGUGGAAGCUUGGCGGCGAGUAUACGAGCUUUCAAGCUAUAAUAAUCGAAGACGGAGUUGAACACUCCCUCCAAGUGCUUGAAGAUGCAAAUUGCGGAGGACUGCGGCUCCUUACCGAAGCCUCACAUGGCGACCAGAAAUAUCGGCCUAUCUGGACUGCGUUUGUCACGCAUCAAUGCCAAUCUCAUUCAUGGUUGGAUAUUGUCAGCCAGAACGUCGUGUGGCUCAGAGAAUUGCAACUGUACGUCUUUUCAAGCCGGUAUCGCGAGGAGAACAUGCGUCAGAAUAAAUACGGCGCUUUCGAAAUCCACUUCAAGCAGCCUGUUGCCGCCUCGAAGUUUGCGAGCUGCCUUCGUCCUCCGCCGCCGCCCCCUGCGUCGGUCAUGCAUCCUGAGGACAUCGACGAGAGGAGUGAGUCAAGGGCAGCCCCGUCUGUCGACUCGACACGCAGCGAGUCUCUUCCACCCCUACGCGGUCCUCCUUGA